GCCGGUGUGACGUCAUCCUGCAGCAGCUUCACCGGGGUGCGAAUGAGCGAGUGAAGAAGACACCCGGCUGGGAGCGAUCGGGGUGCCACUGCGAGUCCCCCCCCUGCCCGGACCUCCCCGCCUAGCUGCACGGGUGUGUGUGGGUGGUCUUUUCCCGGGGACCCUGCUUUGGGGGAGCUCCUGCAGGCCCCAUCCUCCAGGUGGAAGACUCUGGCUUGGAUGGGGGUGCCCCAGAGGCGAGUGAUCACUCCAUCCUCCCCACCCCAAGCCAUGGUCCUCCUGCUGCUGCCCCUCGUGCUGGCUUCCCUGCUCCCCUCCAGCUCCGGGAACAAAGCCAACAAGCACAAGCCAUGGAUCGAGGCGGAAUACCAGGGCAUCGUUAUGGAGAAUGACAACACCGUCCUGCUGAAUCCCCCUCUCUUUGCCUUGGACAAGGAUGCCCCCCUACGCUAUGCAGGUGAGAUCUGUGGCUUCCGGCUGCAUGGAUCUGGGGUGCCCUUUGAGGCUGUGAUCCUGGAUAAAGCGACGGGAGAAGGGCUGAUCCGGGCCAAGGAGCCGGUGGACUGCGAGGCCCAGAAGGAACACACAUUCACCAUCCAGGCCUAUGACUGUGGCGAGGGCCCUGACGGGGCCAACACCAAGAAGUCCCACAAGGCCACGGUGCAUGUGCGAGUGAACGACGUGAACGAGUUUGCACCUGUGUUCGUGGAACGACUAUACCGCGCGGCUGUGACCGAGGGCAAACUGUACGACCGCAUCCUGCGCGUGGAGGCCAUCGACGGCGACUGCUCGCCCCAGUACAGCCAGAUCUGCUACUACGAGAUCCUCACCCCCAACACCCCCUUCCUCAUCGAUAACGACGGCAACAUCGAGAACACCGAGAAGCUCGAGUACAGUGGAGAGAAGCUGUACAAGUUCACCGUGACGGCCUACGACUGCGGCAAGAAGCGGGCGGCCGACGACGCGCAGGUGGAGAUCCAGGUGAAACCCACCUGCAAGCCCAGCUGGCAGGGUUGGAAUAAAAGGAUUGAAUAUGCCCCGGGAGCCGGGAGCUUGGCUUUGUUCCCCGGCAUCCACCUGGAGACCUGCGAUGAGCCUCUCUGGAACAUUCAGGCCACCAUCGAGUUGCAGACAAGCCAUGUGGCCAAGGGCUGCGACCGGGACAACUACUCUGAGCGGGCCCUGCGCAAGCUCUGCGGCGCUGCCCCUGGGGAGGUGGACCUGCUGCCCAUGCCUGGCCCCAACGCCAACUGGACGGCGGGGCUGUCGGUGCACUACAGCCAGGACAGCAGCCUCAUCUACUGGUUCAACGGCACCCAGGCUGUGCAGGUGCCCCUGGGCGGCGCGGCUGGCCUGGGCUCCGGAGCCCAGGACAACCUCAGUGACCACUUCACUCUGUCCUUCUGGAUGAAGCACGGGGUCACUCCCAGCAAGGGCAAGAAGGAGGAGGAGACCAUCGUGUGCCACACGGUGCAGAACGAGGAUGGCUUUUCUCACUAUGCACUGACCGUCCACGGCUGCAGAAUCGCCUUCCUAUACUGGCCCUUGUUGGAGAGCGCCCGCCCCGUCAAGUUCCUCUGGAAGCUGGAGCAGGUCUGUGAUGACGAGUGGCACCACUACGCUUGGAAUCUCGAGUUUCCCACGGUCACGCUGUACACGGACGGGAUUCUCCUUCGACCCUGCCUCAUCCAUGACAAUGGACUCAUCCAUCCACCUCGAAAGGAGGCCGCCCUCAUGAUUGGGGCCUGCUGGAUGGUAAGGCCUAGCAAAGAGAAGGAGAAGGGCGGAGACAACACUACAGACAGCUCACAAGGAGACCCCUUGCCGGUCCACCAUUACUUCCACGGCUACCUGGCUGGGUUCAGCGUGCGCUCCGGCCGUCUGGAGAGCCGCGAGGUCAUCGAGUGUCUCUAUGCAUGUCGGGAGGGGCUGGACUAUAGGGAUUUCGAGAGCCUGGGCAAAGGCAUGAAGGUCCACGUGAACCCCUCGCAAUCCCUGCUCACCUUGGAGGGGGACGAUGUGCAGACCUUCAACCAUGCCCUGCAGCAUGUGGCUUACAUGAACACUCUGCGCUUUGCCACGCCUGGCGUCAGGCCGCUGCGCCUCACCACUGCCGUCAAGUGCUUCAGUGAAGAGUCGUGUGUGUCCAUCCCCGAGGGAGGCUACGUGGUAGUCCUCCAGCCAGACGCCCCCCAGAUCCUGCUGAGUGGCACAGCACAUUUUGCCCGCCCUGCUGUGGACUUUGAGGCCAACGAGGGGGUCCCCCUGUUCCCAGAUCUUCAGGUCACUUGCUCCAUUUCUCAUCAGGUGGAAGCCAAAAAGGAUGAGAGUUGGCAGGGCACAGUGACAGACACGCGCAUGUCGGACGAGAUCGUGCACAACCUGGACGGCUGUGAGAUCUCGCGUGGGGACGACCUGGACCCCGAGUGGGAGAGUUUGCUCCUAGAGGCCUCCUCCUGGCAGCAGCGAGGCCUGGAACUCACCAACACCUCGGCCUAUCUCACCAUCGCGGGGGUGGAGAGCAUCACCGUGUAUGAGGAGAUCCUACGGCUGGUGCGGUACAGGCUGCGGCCCGGGGCUGCCCUCUAUGCCCGCAAGUUCCGGCUCUCCUGCUCGGAAAUGAAUGGACGUUACUCCAGCAACGAAUUCAUCGUGGAGGUCAAUGUCCUGCACAGCGUGAACCGCGUCGCUCACCCCACCCCAGAUGUCCUCAACUCCCAGCAAUUCCUGCACCGUGGCCACCAGCCCCCGGAGAUGGCCGGACACAGCCUGGCCAGCUCCCACCGCAAUUCCAUGGUCCCCAGCGCAGCAACCCUCAUCAUCGUGGUGUGCGUGGGCUUCCUGGCACUGAUGGUCGUGUUGGGCCUGGUGCGAAUUCACUCUCUUCACCGCCGUGUGGCAGGCAGUGCCGGGCCCCCGGGGGCUGCAAGCGACCCCAAGGACCCCGACCUCUUCUGGGAUGACUCUGCUCUCACCAUUAUCGUCAACCCCAUGGAGUCCUACCAGGGUCGGCAGACCUGCGGGCCCAGAGCUGCAGGGGCCCAGCAGGAUGACGAAGACAGCAGCGACUCGGAUGCAGCCGACUCCCCCAGCAGUGAUGAGAGGCGCAUCAUUGAGACACCCCCUCACCGCUACUAAGACCCCAACCCUUCCUGAACAGAGGGAGCGAGGGGCACCCCAAAAGAGAGACCAGGAAGUUGGGGGCAAGAGCAAGCGGAAGUGGGAAGCUUUUGGGGAUGAAUCAUCUGGUCAACCGCAAAUCCCAGGGGUUCCCUGGCACCAAACCAGUGCCAAGUGUCCCUGUCUCAGGCCAGGGCUCUGCUCCCGCUACCCCGGCCUGAGGGCAUGGGUUAGAUUUUGGCCUCUCCCUUCGUGCUCUUGUCUCUGUCUCCCCCUUUCACUAGCCAUGUACCCACUGUAUUAGGGGGUCAGUAGCAAUGGCAGGAGGGAUCCAGAGUGGUAUUGAAGGAACCCCCAACUCUGGCUUCCCUCCAUCCAUGGAGUCUUCUCCAUGCCUCUCCCUGCCCCCCCCCCCCCCACAAACUGGGCCUUCCCUACUUCUCAUGGUACCCCUGUGCCCUUCUUUCCCCUUCACUCUGGGGAUCCCUGUUCCUUCCCCCAUUCCUGGCUGUCCCUCUGUCCUUCCCCUCCUGAAACCUUGGUGGGGUGGAGUGGGCGGCCCCCCGGGGUAGUAUAUAUAAUGUAUAUUUUUUCAUGCUGGUGUGGGCACAGCGCCAUGAUCCGUGUGCUGCUCACAGCCAUGUGUGUGUGUGUGUGUGUGUGUGUGUGUGUGUGUGUGUGUGUGUGUGAGUGAGAGCGCAUGAGUGAGACAUUGUCAUGUCCCAGGGCGGGCAGGAAGUAGAAGGGGCCAGGGAGGGAGGGGAGCUCACCCUAGGGUUUUGAAAUAAAACCAUUGAAAAAAGA